CUUUUCGAUUUCAGGUCUUUUGACCUCUACGAGACAUCUAAUGAAAAUCGCCUUGGACCAAGAACUAUCUUUCGUGGACGAAGGGAUGUCUCGUAUCACAUACUCACAGCCUACGAGAAAGUUUUCGAGAAAUUUGGUUUCUUUCUAGCCAGACAAAGGCCCUUGAUUAUCUUCUUCGUUUCACUUGUCGUUUGUGUUGCUAGCUUGUUGGGUUUUAUUCGGAUAAGUGUUGAGCAGCUAUCCAGUAAACAACUAGCUGUAAGUAAUAGCCAAUCAAGGAUGGACUUAGAGCAUGCAGCACAAUUCUUUCCACUCCUUGAUUCACGUCAGGAGCAGAUCAUAGUGACGCCCAAACUUACUGGAAAUAUUUUAGAAGAGAAAUGUCUAGAGGAAGCUAAGCUUGUGCACCAGACGGUGUUGAACAACAGUGAUUACCAAAGUUUGUGCUUCAGAGGGCCUCCGUCAAACGCCAGCACCAAAACACAAGACAACUGCAUCGUCAGUAGUCCAUUGGAGUUAGCCGGUUCUAACUUCGAACAUUUAAGAAACCUUCCUUCAAUUCUGGUUCGUGAGUGGAAUAAUCCCAGGACAAUACUUUCAGAUGGCCAGUCACUGAAAAUCUCCCACAUGCAGAUACUUAGUAAUUUUAAAGUCAAUAAAGGAUCAGAUCCGCCAACUUCCCAGGCUAAAGCUCUUCGAAUUACCUAUUUCAUUAAAAAGCCAACAACUGAGAAUGAGGAUCAGAAAGUAAAAAACUUUGAAGCCACCUUUGAGAGCCAAGUCUCAUCAUUAAGAGAUGGAAUGAAAUGCGCAUCGCUCUUUUACAAGAGUGGAAGAGCAACCGAUGAUGCUUUGCAACAAAUCUUGAAAGUAGAUAUACUGGCGCUUUGUUUGUCAAUAUUAAUAGUUUUAUCUCUUUCACUUGUUGUCAUUUACAUUGUUUUCAGCAACUUGUGCUGUUUAACAACUGCUUUAUUCAUUUCCGCAACUUUCUUGGUACCCUAUAUAUGUACAGCAGGCAUUGUUUCCAUGGCCGGCCUUUCUUUACUCCCGACCACCAUUUUCAUUCCAUUUCUUCUGUUGGGAAAAUCAACAUCAGACGUUGCUCUCUUCUUGGGAGAGUGGAGACGACAGAGAAUUGUACACUCGCUUGAUUAUAGAGUUACCAGCUGCACUGCAAGAGUGGGAACAGUCCAACUCUUUUCGGCGUUUUGUUCAACCAUUCUCCUGGGAAUUGCAAUCAAAUCUUCCUUUGAGGUUACGUCCGAAUUCUUUUUGGUGACAGUGAUAGCUUUUGCUCUUGCUUCGGCUGCGUCUUUCUUAAUCGCUCCCACUUUAACACUUUCACUCGAAAGGCAGUUAAAAACCUUAAACACAUUUUGCAUGAGUCCCAGAGCGAAAAUUAGCAGCUUCUUGCAAGGAAAGAGAGAGGGAGUACAUAAUGUCAUUUGGUACGUUACUAAGAACCUUCCGCGUCGGCUUACUUCAUUUGGUGGUAAAGUCAUCUCGUUCAUUCUCAUUGUCUGCUUCAUCAGUAUCUGUGUCUCCUCUGCUCUGCAAGCGAGUGAAAGAACUUUUUCUACAGAAAACCUCUGUCAAGAAAAUGAUAACUUCAUCAAGUUUUAUGAAGCGCAAAAGAAAUUUUUUGGAAAACAAACAGAUGUAAGUAUCGUGUUUUCCCGGAGGACUGAUUACUCGCAGAAGACUAUUCAAGAAGAAAUGCUUCAAAUCUGUGGAACGCUUGGAAAAGCUUCUUACAGUCAAGAGAGAACGGUGUGUUGGCUGGCUGCCUUUUUAAACAAUAAAAGCAAGAGCUGCACAAAUUUAAAAUUUCGCACUUGCCUCCACAAAUUUCUCAAUCAAUCUCAAAAUCUACCUUUUCGACGAGAUGUGUUGGUUGACAAGAAAGAUGUCAAUUUUUCGAUUUCCGCAUCUCGAUAUCAUGUAAAGAUGGUAGUACAGAAAACCUUAAAUGAAAACAAAGGCAACCUAGAGAAACUAAGGGAGGACUUAAAGGUCUCCUUGAAGCCUAAACCAGUGUCGGAGACAUUUUUCGAGGUUGAAGACCUUUCAUCACUGGAAAGAGAAACUGUCCUCUUUCUUAUCAUUGCCACAGCUGUGGCCUUCGGGACCUGUCUUCUAUCCAGUUCAAGCCUAAGGAUCAGCAUCUUUUUGGCGCUUACAUUUGAUUUACUCCUAUUGGAGGCAGCAGCCAUUAUGGAAUUUUGGUCAAUUCAGUUCAAUCACCUCGCCUUCAUUGCCUUAUAUUUGUCAGUUGUCUUAGCACACAACUUUAGCGUUCAAAUAGCUCAUUCAUUUAUUUAUUCAGACAAACAAGUCGUAAGAGAACGCAUGAAUAAGGCGUUGGAAUCGGUUGGUUUGCCUGUGUUUAUGGCAGCCUUUCUCGAGAUCUCAGGUUCCAUUUCGUUGGGGCUUAUUUACCCAAGCCUGCAGGACAUCUUCUUUCGACUUAUUCCUGUGGUGUUUGCUUUGGGACUGAUCCAUGCUCUGGUAAUCUUGCCACCAACAGUCACAUUAUUUUUCGAGUUGAUGGACAGCUUUGAUUUUCAAAAUAUGCUACCCAACCGAACGAACCAGAAAAGGAGGAAAAUGUCUAUUCAAAUUCGAUAUGGUGGUGCGCCACAGGCGACAUCUAGGCGCCCUCCAAUAUCCAUUGUCGGUAUCAGCUGCAGAUUUCCUGGAGCAAAUAGUAAAGAGAUGUUUUGGAAUUUACUUGAGCAGGGAAACAGUUCAAUUCGAGACUUUCCCCAAAAUAGACAAGAGCAAUAUGAAACGCUUUUCCGACUUUACCAUCACAAGCGCUUUGUCACUGGACGUCACUGUGCUGUCAGGGGCUCUUAUUUGGAGGAUAUUCAAUAUUUUGACAACACAUUCUUCGGUAUAUCCAAACAAGAGGCUCGUGCAAUGGACCCCCAACAACGUAUUCUCUUGGAGGUGGUGUAUGAGGCCAUUGAAGACGCCGGAAUGCGGCUUGAGGAUCUUCAGAGAUGUAAGACAGGGGUCUUUCUGGGUGUGAUGAACCUAGACUACGGUAAUUUGAUAACAGAUUCAUCAAAUUACAACAAUAUCGACCAAUUUUCCUCUACAGGUAUAACAGCAUCCAUACUAGCAAACAGAGUAUCAUUUUGCCUCAACCUCACAGGUCCAAGUUUUGCGGUUGAUACCGCAUGUUCGUCUUCCUUGACAGCACUCAAACUUGCUUGUGAUAACCUUCAUAAUGGCGAUUGUGACGUAGCAAUAGUUUGUGCACCUAAUAUUGUCUUAAGCCAUGCAAUGCAGAUUAUUACUGGCAUGGCUGGUUUGCUAGCGCCUGAUGGGCGCUGCAAGAGUUUUGAUGCCUCUGGCGACGGUUAUGGAAGGGGAGAAGGCUUUGCAGCAAUUGUUCUUAAGCUCUCUGAUGCGGCUUUGAAUGAUAAGGAUGAUGAAUAUUGUUCAAUAAUUGCCUGCGGUAUGAACAAUGAUGGUCAAAAUGCAGUACCCAUGACAGCGCCAAGUUCUAAGACGCAAGCUGAACUAUGCAAAAUGGUUCUCGAACAAUCAGCUUUGAAUCCGGAGGAAGUGACUUACUUUGAGGCCCAUGGCACAGGUACCGCAAUCGGUGACGUUGUAGAAGUCACUUCAAUCGCCGAUGUCUAUACAAGAGGAACCACACGACAGCUAAAAAUAGGAUCUGUCAAGUCAAACCUAAAUCAUACAGAAUCUACCUCAGGGCUGGCUGGGAUCAUAAAAGUCGCGUUAAUGAUAAAAAACAAGAAAUUGGUUCCAACUGUUAAUGUGCGUGUACUAAAUCCAAAAUUAAAGUUACAGCAAAAAGGAAUUGUCGUGCAACAAACAAGCGAACCUUGGAACACAGAAGCAGGAAAACCACUAACAGGUGCCGUAAACUCCUUCGGUUACGGUGGAUCAAACGUACACGUUAUCCUUCGGGAAGUGACACAAAGGGCGACCGCCGAUGAUGAUCUUGAAAUAAGACGACGCCCAUGUCAUAUCCUCACCUUUUCUGCACGUUCUCAAGAAGCUCUCAAGCGAAUGGCACGACUCUACUCUCAGUGGAUCGAAGGUGAAGCAAAAGAUAAUGCGACAUUUGUGGAGAACUUGUGCUACUCAUUGAACGAACGUCGCAGUCAGUUUCCCCAUCGCUUAGCUCUUACUUUCGAAGCUAUACCCGAGGCUUCCAAGAUUUUGACAGAGUACGCCAACGACUCAGUAGGAAUGGAGAAAGUUGUUGCUUACGGAGAGGUGAACGCAGUUAACCCAAAACUUGUCUUCUUAUUUGGAGGGCAAGGUUCCCAGUGGUAUGCUAUGGGAAGACAGCUAAUUGAAAUGGAACCUGUCUUCAAAGAUGCUUUUUUAACUGUCCACAAUUUGAUAAAAGAUCUGUGGAAAUCGAUGUCACUUUUAGAUGAGCUCAUGGCAUCAGAGGAGAAAUCAAGGAUCGCAGAAAAUUCCAUUGCUCAGCCAGCUACGUUUGCAAUACAGUAUGCAACUUCAAAACUUCUGAUGUCUUGGAGAAUCUAUCCCUCCGCUGUACUUGGUCAUAGUCUUGGAGAGAUUGCUGCAGCAUGCAUUGCUGGGAUCAUAACCCUAAAGGAAGCAGUUCACCUGGUGCUAGCUCGCUCCUCUCUGCAAGAUCAGUGUCCUAGUAAUGGUAGCGUGGCGGCCUUAGGUAUGUCCGAAGAAAGAGCAAGAGCACUAUUAGAUGAGUUGAAGCUAACUCCUACCCUUUGCAUUGCCGCAAUCAACGAUGCAGAGAGCGUGACAGUGUCUGGUGAUGUUGAAUCAGUUGAAGCUUUGGGUCAACACAUUGCAAUACACGAAAAAGACACUUUCUGGCGUGUUCUUGGAACAAAACGUGCAUUCCACAGCUCACACAUGGAAUUCAUUAAAAGGUCAUUUCAAGCAGCAAUGAAGCGUAUUUCGUUACAUCCCAAGCUGUCCAAGAUUCCAAUGUAUUCUACAGUUGAAGGAGGAGUCCUUUGUGGUCAAGAGUUUAACAACGAGUACUGGUGGCGUAACAUCCGCUGUCCAGUUCAGUUUUACUCAGCAAUGAAACACCUUCUCAGAGAUGGUUACAAGCAGGUCAUCGAAAUUAGCACCCAGCCUAUCUUAGCACAUUAUGUUAAAAAGAUUGCUAUGCAAGAAAACCUUCAAGACCAAGCAAAGCCAAUCGUUUUGGAGACCCUUCCUCGUAAGAGAGUCCCUGUCAACAAGCAAUGCAAGUCUUUUCUUCUCAACACAGUAUGCAAACUGUACACACUUGGUUUUCCUAUAGAUUGGACUUGUGUGCAGACAAUUCCUUCGGCAAAGUUUGUUCGCUCGUUGACCUAUCCAUGGAUUAAGAACACCUUUUGGUACAGAGAACGUCCACCCCAAAACAUAAUUCAACCAGUUGAUGCCAAAUCCUGGGAAGAAAAGAAAAGUCAUCCAUUUUUGGAAAAGGUGAAGCAAACCAGUCUUUACUCAGGCCUACACUGCUGGGAAACGGAAAUUGACCUCCAUCGCUUCCCUGACCUCAAAGAUCACGCUCUAAUCCAAGGAACAACCGUCAUGCCAGGUGCUACGUAUCUUGAAAUGGCCUUUGCGAUGGCGAUGGAUCAAUUCGUGCACGUGGCUGGCCUGGAACUAUCUGAAGUGAAGCUCUCAAGCCUCCUCACCCUACCAGAAACACAGGUAACUCCAGUAUAAUGUGUUUUUAAUGCCUUUUAUGAAAUAGAAUGAUAAAGGAUAUUCACGAACGUACCUGAGCAAAAAAUACAUGUUCAUAAAUCCUGAAUUUCCUAAAUUGAAAACAUUCACUCUAUAUCUUUUUCUUUUGCAGGUUCGAUCGUUACGUCUGCGUCUCCAGAAGACUGAAAGGAUUAACGAGGCUGAGUACCACAUAACAAGUGUACAGGAUGACCAUUCCGAGAUCAUUCUAAGCAGUGGAAAAAUUUGUCUGGAUCUUCUUCAAACACAGAAGAAGGGUAAUCACAAAGGUACUAUUAAUAAAUUCGUUUAAUGUUCCUUACACUAAGUAAAUGCUGUAAAUGUUCCAUGAACGCUCGCAAAGAGGCAAAGAGUCCCACACAUGCCUAUAGCAGUAAGAAUAAACCUAUAUUGUAAUUCGUUCGUGUCAAAAUAUUUUUCAGUGGAUUAUUAUUCAAACUGCUAUUAGUCUUCCAUUAUUGUAAAUUACGUGCUAUUCUCCUAAGUUUUUGUUUUUCUUCAAACAGCCAACAUAUCAAGCAUAACGGUAACUGGUAUUACGCAUAAACAAGAUGGGAACCCUUUAGUUUGUUUUUUUUUCUUUUCUUAGCAUCUACCGCGGCUGGUCCAGCAAUAAAUGAGCUUCUAAAAAACAUGGAACGAAUGCCGAAUGAACAGUUCCGAGGAGUAACAGAGAAGUUUGGAUUUAACUAUGGCCCUACCUUUUCCAUCAUCAAAGAGAUAUGGAAAGGCGACAACGAGGGGCUAUGCCUUAUAGACAUCGCGGAGGCACACACCAUCCAAGAAGAAACUGGUCGUUAUGUUGUUCAUCCGUCUAUUUUAGAUGCUUGUCUUCAAUCCUGCUUUGUUCCUCUGGGAAAUUCUUCGAUUGAUGAUAAAUCAAUUGUGCCAGUUGGUUUCAAACGUGUUGCACUGAAUGACUUACCAUUAACGAGCCAGUUAUUUUGCCACGUGACUGCCAAUGUUUCCGAGUUUGGGCGAUUUGAUGUGACGCUUAUGAAUCCAAGUGGCUACGUUUUGCUCACUAUGACUGAUUUCCGAGUUGCAGAGUUAACAAGCUCACCGCGUCAACUUCCUUUAGCUGAUCUUGCCUACGACGUCCAGUGGAGGGAAGCUGAGUUAACAAGGCAGGGAGAAAGAACCCCCCCUCUGACCUUCAUAGUACUUAAAGACUCCUCUAAUUUGUCGAAUUAUUUGAUCUCAUCACUUCAAGCUCGGGAAGUCAAUGUCAUCGCCGUAAAUCCUCCAGAUGGUCACUGUUUUGACUCUGAAGUUCAAGACACAAUAAAAAUUGCCUUUGCUGACUUUUCUGCGAUCAAUUCCUCUUCUUUGAGGGUUAUCAAUCUCUGGCCUGUGGAUACAUCACUUCUACCAGAACAUUUUGAUGUCAUUGAACAAUCUCAACAACUCGCCUUCAGCAGCUCUGUCUUCCUACUGCAGCUGUUAAUAGAGAAGGAGCUCAUGGAUUCUAGGCUGUUUCUCGUCACCGAGUUAACACAGCUUUUGGAUGUCUGUGACCACUCUGGUAAGGGUAAAUUCAUUCCAUGGGGUUCUACAGUCUGGGGACUAAGACGAACAGCGAACCUUGAAGAAUUCAAUCUCAGGGUUACCACCGUCGACCUGAGUAACAAAGAAGAUAAACGGGAAAUUAACUCCUUAGUUGAUGAAGUCUUAGGUGACAGCGUGGAGGACGAGGUGGCCUUUCGAGAUAGCAAACGAUUUAUAAAUCGUCUUGUCAGGUCAGAAUUACAACUGCACACCUCAAAAAGAAUGAAAAGAAAAGAGAGGAAGAAAGAUGGACUUCUAUAUCUUUCAACAGUUCCUUCGUCAAAAUCGCAUUGCCUUCGCGAGAAAUGUUUUCCAAAGGCAACGCAAUCUGAAGUCAUUGUAGAAGUUUGCUAUUGUUGGACGCCCUCAGAAUCACUCUUUGAUGUGUCUAAACCAAAUGGAUGUGUCUUUGUGAGUGGAAAAGUCUCUGAUCUCCCUAUAAGUGGCGAGAGUACUUUGCAAAUUGGAGACAAUGUGUGUGGAGUCAUUCCCUCCGGCCGUGUUGCACGUUUUAUUCCAAUACACGUCAGUAGCGUGUUUUUGAAACCUCCCAACCUGACAAUGGAACAAGCCACUUACCUUCCAGCAUGCCUGGCGCUGGCAUUUCACGCUCUACAAAAAGCAGCGGCUGGCGCCGAAAAACAGAAACUUCUUAUAAAUGAAGCCAAUCGUGGCCCCGGACCAGCGGCAGUAUUUCUGGGAAAAACACUGGGUCACAGAGUGUACUGCACAAUCCCAGACACUUGCAGUUCAUGCACGAAAAGGCUUCUAACUGAUUUGGGUGCAGAGAGUGUAAAGCGACAGAGUUCCCCAGCCUACAAUGAUGAUUCGAUCGACCAGUUUGACGCCGUUCUGUUCUUAAAUCCACCGGGUCCAAAUGCCCUUCUUAGGAGUGGUCUUAGUCUGAGAAGGGGAGGAAAAGUAGUUAUCUUGAGUACUGAAUUUGAAGGAGAUGUCAUCUUUCCUGCGAACAAGAAUUUCAAGUAUGAGAGAGAGAAUAUACUAGACGUUUUACGAUCGCCGACAGCAUUCGAGGAGCUAACCAUGAAAAGUAUACAAAUUCUGGGAAAAAACGGAGUCUCACAACAGCUUUUCGAAAUGCCGGUUGAGUGUGUAGACUUUGUAGUAUCAAUCAAAGCUGCCAACGAGUCUACGGACAAACCCUCAUCUCUUAAAGAUAUUGAACCACAGUCCUUGGACAUUUCUUUUCUCAUACAAUCACUUGGAACAUUUGAAGAAGGGGAUCACCUUCAGGGCAUCCCAGUGCUACCCCAAGGCUUAGAUGGUUGUGGUUUGAAAGAAAACAAAUCCUAUCUGGUAGCAGGAGGAGUGAGAGGAUUUGGAUUUGAAGUCGCCAGAUGGAUGGCAGAAAAUGGUGCAAAGUCUAUCGUACUUCUCGGCCGCUCCAUGCCCUCCAAUUCCAAAAUUCAAGAGGUGCGUCAGAUUGAAAGGAGCACCGGUACAACGAUCCAUAUAAUUCAGGUAGGUAGAUUUCUCGCAACCUCACUAAGUCAUCAAACCUUUUUACUCACGAAAAACAACAUUUUAGAAAAAUAUUUGACAAUAUGCCUACAAUUCAUAAGAAUUUUACAUACUUUGACUUUAGAAUGCUAAAAUUGCAAAUUGACGUUUGUUUUAAAGAAGGACUUCUUUUAGUCUCAGCAACAUUAACGAUACUUUUUCACACAUAAAUAAUAACGUUUCGCCAUGAGUGAAAUGAUUGUUGCAACUGAUCACACAAGUGCAUGUAAGACAUUUUCUCAAUAAACAAUCGUAAAGUGUGAAAUUCUAUCCCUACACAACGGCGACGUUUUGCGUUUCGGUGGAUGUUCUUGUUUUAAAGGCCACCUUCCGUCAGCAGCAGCUUAUCUAUUUCCCCAAAGUGGCUGAGCUGGAAGUUCCACUGCUUGACCUCAGUAAUCAACUCAUUUUAUAUUUUUCUCUUCCGAUGGCUUUUCCAGGUAGACGUAUCCAGCCAAACACAAAUGUUGGCUUUGAAAGAGCGCCUUCAGUCCCUUCCAGAUGUGGCAGGCAUUGUACACACUGCUAUGGUUCUUAGAGACGAAUAUAUCAAAGACCUGACAUUUCAGCGUUUCAAUGAAGUUAUGGGCCCAAAAAUCAAAGGUAAAACGGCAAACCAGCCUAACUUCUCAGAUCCUUCCAGGCUUAUUGUUUUCAGCAGUUGUCGACGCCACUGUUUUAGACGUCGGUAUGAGCUAACAGGUUUGAAAACAGUUUUAAAGAAAAUAGAAACAGUGUUCUCUAUCAAAAACCUCGGCUGAUAGUAACGAAAACGAAUUUUUUUUAUUCCAUUUUUAGGCUCCAUGUUGCUACACCAAAUGAGCUUAGAGAUGGAUCUGGAUUUCUUCGUGAUGUUUUCGUCCAUGGCGUCAAUCGUGGGUAACAUGGGACAAUCUUCAUACUCGGCUUGCAAUGCUUUCCAAGAUUCUCUCGCUCAGUACCGGAGACAUGUGCUUGGUCUUCCCGGACUUGCAAUAAACUGGGGACCAAUCAGUGGGGCUGGUGUAAUGGAAAGAGAAACUGGAAUCGCAAAACUGAUGACCCUAGCAGGAUUGGGUUUUGUAGAUGCAAAGGAAGGUGGGUUGAAACUUACUGUAAGCGUAUACGAUCGACGAAAAUACUAUGAGCGUUUUAAAUAGUACAGCAUUAAUUGAUGUCUUCUUACUAGGGCAAAACGCCACUGGGAAAUGUCCUGACCGAUUAGUGUAGGCUUGCGGCUAACUGUUCUAUAAGAAGACAUAGUUUGGAAAAAGAUUAUACACAUGUAAAACUGUACGUGAAGGCGGACUUAAACAAAAAGAUAUGAUACCAGUGUUAAGAGGGUUGUUUGGCAUCACCUUUCAAAAAAUACGACAAAAGUAAUUUACAUAAAUGUAAUAAAUUGCAGCCUUACUUAAUGAGUGAUUUGUGUUCAAAGGUGUUAAGCACAUGGUGAAAGUGUUAACUGAAGACCCUGGUCGCUGUCAAAUCUCAAUGUUUGAUGCAGACUGGCCUCGAUUCUUGAAGAGCAAUACAGGGCUGAAGAAAACUCCGCGACUGUCCAUUUUAAGAUCAACAGUAAAUGCUCCCGACAACCAAACAAACUCAACGGAGUCUCUCGCCCAAAAAAUUGUUUUAGAGAAAGAUGGAGAAAAGAGGGCAGAGCUCAUAAACGAAUACAUUACUGCGACAAUGAGUGAAUGGACUGGAAAUCCCUCGCCAUCAGAGACUGAUCUCAACACAAGCUUGUAUAGCUAUGGAGUAGACUCUACCGCGGCUUUGACGCUAAAGAUGCAGCUUGAAAUGAAUCUGCAAGUUUCCUUUGAGGUAAGAAAUAAUUCCUUGAUUAUCACGUUGGUUAUUAGUUAUGACAUGUAGGUGAAUAUCGUCACAAGUCGGCCAGGUGCACAGCUGUUUACACAGAGUUGUAAAGUUGUAAUGAGAUGUGGUGGGUCGGUCUAAAGGUGAAACAAAAGUUCCGUUAUUUACCCUCGGCAGUGUUUAUAGCACUAAUGCUAGUGGGGUCGAGCAAAUGCCUCAAACAAAUUAUGUACAUCAACCAUAAUAGGGUUAACAAUCCCAGCUGGCUAGAGGCAAACCAGAUGGCUAUUUACAAGCAUGGUCGAGUUAGCUGUCAGGGCGGGACUUGAACUCAGGGCCUCUGCAUUACAAGUCCGGCGCUCUAAAAGCGCGGCCACGCUGCCUCUAAGGUCCAAACCAACAUUGCUUGGGACCUACUGCCAAGGAGUUUUUCCCUGUACAAAAAGUUCAUAAAAGAGGCCUUCUGUUUCAGGUCUUCUACUUCAUGCAACCAGACACAACUCCUCUUAAACUGGGAAGAGACAUAACUGCCAAGAUGAUUGAACGAAGUCAGGGAAAUCCUCCAACCAAUGACCAGCCUCAAAAUGAUAACAGACAAGAGGCUGAGCACGCGCAAGUACAGACAACAGAUGACGUAUCGCCAAUAACUGAAUCGUCUGAAAUCAGAAUACAGGUUGUACCGCUGUACACUCCAGAGGGCUCAGCCAUAAAGUUUUUCUGUGUCCACCCGUCGCAUCGUUACGCGAUGAGUUUGGUGCCGAUUGCGACAGGAUUUCAAGGACAGGUAAAUUCAGAUAGUAAAGCAUAUUUUGCAGACAUUUAUGGUGUAUGUCAGCAGAGUGUUUAUUUAAUACGGCCACUUUUUCGUUCGUUUUUUUUAGGACUUAGUUUCCUUCUACGCACUGGGUUACACAGACCCAGCAGCAGUAAGUGAGGACUGGGGUGGAGUGCGUGAACUUGCAGCACAUUACGUUCAGCUAAUAACCAAGGAACAGCGUCAUGGCCCCUACUUUUUGGGUGGAUAUUCAUACGGAGGACUACUCGCCUAUGAAAUGGCUUCCCUAAUGACAGAACAUAAUAAGAGGGUGGAGUUUGUGGCAAUGAUUGAUACAUUUCCCUGGGUUCUGCAGUCACGGACAGUCAGCAGCAGAUUACCUUCAAUGCAGGAACAUGAAAAUUCGCAGCGUCGGCAUGUCGAGGUUUGUCAUUACCUUGGUCUAAGAAGGGAGUCUAGUGUUAAGAUUGAAGUUGUCUCACAUUAAAAUGGUCUUUGUGGUAUUGACUGAAUCUUACAAUACUGACAAAUCAUGCGUUAUGGCGUGUUUGGAUAUCUUUAGAAAAACAAAAACACUUUGUUUGAGAGGUUAUUUCACACAAAAGACACUGUUUAAUUUUCACCUCUCUUUUCAUUGUUUGAUAUGUGGUAUGAAGCACUGUCUUGACAAGAAAAAUAGUGAACUAAUGUUUCUGUUGGAUAUAUAGCGUGACAACAAAUUCUAACGGCCGAUUGUUAUCUUCUAGCUCCAAUUUGAAAAUUAUCUGAGAAAGCUGGCAAUAGACUCACUGAAGAUGACAUCCGAUGAAUACCACAAGAUGAGAGAGGAGAACACUAAAGAAUGGAUCGUUGAUGAGCUAGAAAAACGGGGGCUUGAAAGGGGUUUAGCGAUAUACAAUUUGAGAACACUGAGAGAGUCUCUCCUGAAGGAUCAAAUGGUUGCCAGUAGGACACAUCUACAGUGGCAGCCCGCAGAGGUAUGGGCUUCGUCUCCGUUUAUUAAUGUUCAGGUUUACAAUUGUUUUAAACAAAGGUAACGUACCAACAUCAAAAAUCAACCUUUCUGUCACGAGGUUAGUAUUGGAGAGUUUUUGCGAACUGUUACUAAAAAUAAUAUUCAUUUUAAAUAUUUUAUUGUUUUUUGAAUGCUUGGACGACAAACAUCGUUAGCUAUCAUUUAUAACAAAAUUUAAGUUAAAUGAGUUCCAAAGAUUUGCCACGCCCAUAUAAUUUUUGUGAAAACAAAGAACUUUUCCAGAUUCCAUACCUUUUAUGAAAACAUUUUUUUAUCUCCUGUUUGUCAAUAGGUCCGUUACCGAGGUCCACUCGCGUUCCUCAGAUGCCAAGAUACUUGUUUCUCGCCCAGAUCAUCAGAUAGCGUCGAAGAGAUUUGGGGCCAGUUGGUUGAUGGUGGGAUAAAUGUGCUUGUUUGUCCUGGAAAUCAUUAUUCCAUGAGUGAAUCGCCUAACGCUUAUGUUACUGGAAGUAUCUUAGCAACUGCUCUAAUAUUCAAAUACCGUUUGCUGUACCCAGAAUUCCCCAGACCCACGAGAACGUUCAGUCAGAGACGAGCCGUAGAAAAGCUUUCCAGUGGAGUAGUUGUAUUCCUCCACUCAAAGAAAGGUAGGUCUGGACUUCUUCCCAAAAGGACCAACGAAAGGUAAAAUAAAAGGUUGAGUUGUCCAUUUGAACGCCAAGGAGUUGUCGCAGGUUGUUGCAAAUUACUUUUUAUUAAUCUUUGCUUCAGCUGAAGAUACGAGAAUACUUUACAGUGUGUUUCACAUGGCUGCGUGAAAUCGAUGUAUAGAGCUUAUUAAUAAAACUUAAUUUUACAAAUUUACAUAGUAAAAAAAUAAGAAUCUCAGCAUUUUUGGAUGCUUUGUUCUUGUUUGCCUGCCGCUCACGUAUUACUAAAUUCAAAAUGUGUUGUUCCUUGUGAUUCUUUGACAUAGACACCCUUGCUGUGAGGGCAGGAGCAACCAUAGCUACCUUUGGAGCAAGGGUGGCACAGUGGUGAGAGCACUCACCUCCCCCAGUGUGACCCAGGUUCGAAUCCCGGCAUGGACGCCAUAUGUGGGUUGGGUUUGUUGCUGGUUCUCUCCCUUGCUUCGAGAGGUUUUUCUUCGGGCACUCCGGUUUUUCCCUCUCCUUAAAAACCAACACUUUCUAAUUCUAACUCGACCGGGAACGCACGGACACGUUUCAAAGAGUUUUUGAGGACUCCUAAGUGUUCAGUUGUAAACAAAAAUAGUUUACAUUUACAUUUACAAUCAGGCCCAAGACCACUGCUUUUCUUUUCCUCCGCUUUUCGAUUAUUUCAUUAAGAAUGUUUCAUUAAGUAUGCUGUAUUUCACUUUCCAACUCCUUUCAUUGAAAUAUAGGACAUAAAAAGCCUCAUUUUGGAGAACUACAUUUCAAGGAGGACGUUCACAAACUUGAAUUAACUUCACAAGCCGAUGAAGGAGAGACACAUGAAACGGAAAAAACAAAAAAGAUCAUUGACUUGAAAGGUAUGAACAUUAUACCCUUAUGGUUACGGUAAAACCCCGCGACUAAGAACCUGGACUUUAAGAACCUGGACUUUAAGAACCUGUUACUAAUGUAAAAUUUGCCAGUUAAGCCCCCUCUAUAUUAAGAACCUGUUUAGCCUAAAAUUUGAAACAGGUUCUUUUUUUCUAAAAUCUAUGAAAAAAUUCUGUACACUUUGGUAAAUAAGAUAAGUCAACAUUCAGAAUCCUCUUUCGAGACAUGGGUGCCUUAUCACUCCAACUGCAAUGCAAUGGUAUGCACGUUUUAUAAUGAGGAAUAAGCUGAACCACUAAAUACUCUUAUCUACAUUGUAUUUUUUUCCUUUAGAAAAUUAAGAAGCUAAAUAGGCUAAACUUAUGUGCUAACUACCAUUUAUAUAAGAACCUGUUUACACUAACUUGGAAAAAUCCAGGUUCUUAGUCGCAGGGUUUUACUGUACUCUAUUUUUAAGGACCUUUUAUUAUGGCCUUUUAGUGCCUGGGAUAAGGAAAACAAGUCCACUGUCAUUGAAAACGUUCAAAAGGUAACACACCCAAGGUCCAAAGAAGUGAAAAAAAAAAUAAAAAAGUAAAAUAAAAUAAUAAUUAUAAUUAUAAUUAUAAUAAUAAUAACCUAAAUAUUUAAUCUGGUGGAAUAAAACACUUUCUAAAAUUUGUUUCUUCUCUGUCUUAGUUUAAUUCGUGCGUAAUCAGUCAAGGUCAAACAAGAAUCGCUUUACAAGUUAUGUAAUUGGUUCAAUACAAAUUGCCUUUAUAACUCCUCGUAAACAGACUUUAACCUUAUGCUAGCGGUCAACUCUUUACAAAAGAAAGAUCCUUUUUUUCUUACAACAGAUCUCUGUAUGGUCCAACCAGGAAUGUUAGUCGCCAAUGCGAGGAGGUAUGCCGGCCGAAAGCGAAGAGUUGGAGCAUAUCACAGUGGAAACCUGAGGCAAAUCGCUUCUGUUAUUACAAGGAGACGUGUCUACAAUUUGGAAUUUACUGAUUAUUCGGAUUUAAAAUCCUUCUAUAACAUGAUCGAGGCUGUUUUUGCAGUCCAGUUGUUAUCCCGUUAG